GGAGAAGAGAUGAGGACGCCCGUCUCCUUCCCGCCUUGUUCGGAAGGAGCCGACCUUGGGGGAGGAGAAGGCUGUCGUGGGGGGGAUSAAGGGGAUGGUGUGGAUGACGGAAGGACGGGAGGAAGCGGACAGGAUGGUCACCAUCCGAAGGUACAGCGGCAGCUAUCAUGGGAGAAGAAGCGAUGGUUUCCGAAAGUGCUGGUGCAGAUCGCCAUGUACAAUGAGCGGGAAUGCUACCAGCUGUCCAUCGGAGCUUGUGCGCGACUGGAUUGGCCGCGCGAUCGGCUGCUCGUCCAGGUGCUGGACGAUUCCGACGAGGAGGAGAUGAAAUCUCUAGUGGACGACGAGGUAGAGCGAUGGGUGAAGGAGGGGGUCGAAAUGGUCGUGAAUAGGCGCGCAGACAGAAGCGGCUUCAAGGGGGGAAACCUGAAGAGCGGGUUCGAGGCGCCGUACACGAMGGAGUACGAGUUCAUUGCCAUGUUCGACGCUGAUUUCCAACCCGAACCGGACUUCCUGGCACGGACUAUUCCCUAUUUCCGCGACGAUCCCAGGGUGGCGUUGGUUCAGGCUCGGUGGGAKUUCAACAACUCCUACCAGAACAUUUUGACUCGGACGCAGCUGAUCGACAUGUCCUACCACUUCUCUGUCGAGCAGCAGGUUCAGGCAGCGACGGGGCUUUUCUUCCAAUUCAACGGCACSGCGGGCGUGUGGAGAAGGUCAGCCAUCGUCGACGCAGGGGGGUGGUUGACUCGCACCACAGUGGAGGACAUGGACUUGUCCUUCCGAGCAUUCUUGCGAGGGUGGAGGUUCAAGUACCUAGACCAGGUGCGCGUAGUGUCGGAGAACCCCACGAGCGUCCGUGCGUACUCUCGCCAGCAGCACCGCUGGUUUGCCGGACCUGCACGCUUGCUAGUCCUGGUCUUCGCGGAUAUCCUCCGCUGCAAGCAUCUGUCCUUCUCCAACAAGUUUCACAUGCUSGUGAUGUUCAUAUUCUUCCGAAAGAUUGUUGCUUCCAUCGUCGGAGCUGCGCUGGCUUUCCUCGUACCCCUGCUCUUCGUACUGAUCCCUGAGCUUACCCUUCCUCUGCCCAUCGCUCUCGUCGCCAUCAGUCUCGGGGCAGUCGUUGSUCGGAUACUGUCUGGGCGUCAGGAAUCGCUUCUUGCGUGUCUUCCCAUCGURGCUCCUUACAUUUGGGUCGCGAGUUCCGUCUCUGUGACGAAAGCAAUUGGCUGCGUGCAGGGACUGUUGGACCGACCCGAGGCUAGCGAAUGGGUUGUUACGGAGAAGACGGGAGUGCGARRGGGGCACGAAGAGUGUGACGAUGAUGAMGAAGACGGCGAAGAAGCAGGAGGAGAAGUAGAGGGGGACAAAGCUGUAGGAGGACGGGCAGUCGGACGAGAAGAAGAAAAGACUACUCUUUCUUGCGACGGAUGUGAUUCGAGGUUCGACGCUUCAUCAGCUGCGGCAGCAGGUGAGGACGUCGAGAGMGGACAAUGUCAUGCGGAAGAUAAAAUGGGCGUCGGGCCACRCCCGCCUCCGCCGUCCAGCGCAGGUCGCCCUCGGCGRAAGAAGAAGAGGACAGUUUUGAAGGCCCAAUUGUUUCUGGCGUUAUUGAUUCUGUCGGCUUGCAUUCCUGCCUUCCUGUCGGCCCGUGCGCUCUUUUAUUACAUCUUCUUCCAAAGCCUGGUCACGCUAGCCUUCGCAUGCAGCUUUCUUGGCGAUGGCUGAGACCCCCCCMAGUGGGAAUUCUCGAAUUUCACCUAGCUGCGGUUAUCCUCUGGAAUUGGAUGGGUGUAGAGAUGAUAAGGGCAAAUUGCAGAUAUACCGGAUCAGAGAAGUAUCGUAGACAAAAAUACCAGUCUGUCCGUGUAUUGUGACAAAUACGCCAGCAAACUUACAUCAAUGUAGAGUKGCGUGAGGACUAGGACUUGGAUGCGGAUAAGCAGGAGGAGGAGGGGGAGAAUAAUAACCACAGUUUUGAUGAUGUGGAUUAGGAGUAGGAUCUGCAUAAYUAUGACGAGGCGGGGGGUGUAAUUAUUUGAGGCGUUGGACUCURSAGUAGCGUCAGCACCCGAAUAGAACGCCCGAGCACUAUUGCGGUAUUGGGGACAGAAAGUUGGCCCAACGGCAGCUCUAAUGACCGGGCGUUAUAUUCGAGUGAAGAUGUCAGGGAAAGGCCUUUGGAGAGAGAGUGAGCGAGGGAGACUGCUUGACUGAACUGACAACUUGUGACAAGCAGUCUCCCUCGCUCACUCUCUCCCCAAAGGCCUUAUCAUUCUCUCAUCAGUGCGUUCUUUUCGUUACUUCAGGAUGUUCAAUCUACGUACCAAUUUUGCAUGUUUCGAGUUGAUGCGCAUACGUGGGGAGACCAAAGGAGGCAGUACGACAGGGUCGGGCAGGGGGAAUCUGGUAAGGCCAGCGUGAUGAAGCGAGCACGGAACAGAAAACCAUUGACUUGAUAUCUUCGACGAUCGGAUGGACCUGGUCCACAGCCUGGUCUCGAUUCGUGUCGCUGCUCGCGUCACACCUGUGACCCGUGGCUUGAGGAAUAGUUCGUUUAUCUGCACGCUUGAGGAAUACCUUGAUAUCGCCGAUACCAUUAGGCGAUUUGAGUAUUCGGCAGUGACGGGAGCUUGAGUAACAACAUUUCUUCUUACGACAGACGACUGAGACGAUGUAGAAAGGCUUUGAGC